CCCCAUUCGACCCACGAGCAGCGAGCUAUUGCAAAUCAUCGAGCUUCACACAUUCGCUUUGAUGCCCGCACGCACUCUCGUCGAUGCUCGUGAGAGGCAGCAGCAGUAACGAGAUGUUAUAAGAAGGAAUCGCGGCCGGUAAGCCUUCUUUCCUCUUCACCACUCCCCGUACUCAAUCGCCAUGAUGCGUGCCGCUCCCCUCCUUCUUGCCCUCCUCUGCUGUCUGAUCGGCCAGACAUGGGCCGCAGCUAGCUAUCCUCCGAUCCCGAAGGACAAGACGACGCCUGUCCAGCAGCGUAUCGCCCUCUAUGGCCCUCGAGCCAUGUCCGUGGGCUGGAAUACGUACGAGAAGCAGUCUCAGCCAUGCGUUGACUACGGCCUUUCGCCUGGCAAGCUCACCAUGUCGUCCUGCUCGGACUCGUCCAUCACCUACCCUACCUCCAGAACGUGGUCAAACUCUGUCAUUCUCAACAACCUCAAGCCUGCCACCAAGUACUUCUACAAGAUUCGCAGCACCAACAGCUCGACUGACUUCUUCCAGAGUGGCCGCGUUGCCGGUGACAAGACGCCGUUUACGCUCAACACGAUCAUUGACUUGGGUGUGUACGGCGAGGAUGGCUACACGCUGCCUCACGAUGACAAGAGCAAGAGGGAUGAGAUCCCGAAGAUCCAGCCCGCUCUCAAUCACACCACGAUCGGAGCUCUCGCCAAGACCAUUGACGACUAUGAGCUCAUUUUGCACCCCGGUGACUUUGCCUACGCCGACGACUGGUAUGAGAAGCCAAAGAACCUGGGUGACGGCAGCGCGGCCUACCAAGCCAUCCUCGAGCAGUUCUACGAGCAGCUUUCGCCCAUUGCACGUCGCAAGGGAUAUCAAGCCAGCCCUGGGAAUCAUGAGCAAGUAUUCACGAAAUUCGACUGUUCUGAAGUGCCCGGGCAAACGCAGCUCUGCCCGGCCGGCCAGCGCAAUUUCAGCGACUUCAUGAACCGAUUUGGCAAGACGAUGCCCCACGGCUACGGCUCUGUCUCCAAGAACAACAGCGCUCAACAGGCAGCCAACAAGGCCAAGACGCUCGCCGAGCCACCCUUCUGGUAUAGCUUCGACUACGGUUCCCUCCAUGUCGCCAUGAUCAACACCGAGACUGACUUCCCAUCGGCCCCUGAUGGCCCUGGCACCAACCUCAACGGUGGUCCGAUCGGAGCUAUGGGUCAGCAGCUUGAGUGGCUCGAUGCCGACCUCAGUAGCGUUGACCGCACAGUCACGCCUUGGGUCGUCGUGGCCGGCCAUCGCCCCUGGUACUCGACGGGCGGCUCGAAGCAGAACUGCGAGCCCUGCCGCAAGGCCUUCGAGCCUACCCUCUACAAGUACGGAGUCGACGUCGCUGUCUUCGGACAUGUGCACAACUCGCAAGCAACUGCUGGAGGCGUUUACAACAACACCGCCGACCCCGCAGGCCUCAACAACCCAAAGGCGCCCAUGUAUGUUGUAUCUGGCGGGACCGGCAAUAUCGAGGGUCUGACGAGAGUGGGAGAGAAGCAGUCUUAUAAUGCAUUCGCAUACGACACCUCCUUCUCCUACGCUUCAUUCACCUUCAAAAGCGCCAAGGAGCUCAUCAUCAACUUCUAUCGCUCUGACUCGGGCGAGAAGCUACACACCUCGACUCUGAAGAAAGAGCACAAGCAGGCUUUUGUCAGGCAGUGAGCGACGUGGGGAAUCGAGACAUUGGAGAAAUGAGACAGC